CACAUGAAGUAACCAAUAACAGUACGGUGUGAAGACUCUCGGGAAAGUAAUGGUGUACCAAGUCUUUUCUACUGUUCUGUACGUAAAAGUGGUAGAACUAUACGUCUAAUCUGAAAAAGAGGUGUAUACAGUUCCUUCAAAAUGUCUGAAUCAAGUGAUCUCGACCGUCAAAUCGAGCAGCUCAAGAAAUGUGAGAUUAUUAAAGAAUCGGAAGUGAAAGCGUUAUGUGCCAAAGCUCGAGAGAUACUAGUAGAAGAGAGCAACGUUCAGAGAGUUGACUCGCCUGUUACUGUAUGUGGUGAUAUCCAUGGGCAGUUUUAUGACUUGAAGGAAUUGUUCAAAGUAGGGGGUGAUGUUCCCGAAACGAAUUAUCUGUUUAUGGGAGACUUUGUAGAUAGAGGAUUCUACAGUGUUGAAACUUUCCUCCUGCUACUAGCAUUGAAGGUGAGGUAUCCAGAUCGUAUUACACUCAUACGCGGUAAUCAUGAAUCCCGACAAAUCACCCAAGUGUAUGGGUUUUAUGAUGAAUGCCUUAGGAAAUAUGGAAGUAUCACAGUGUGGCGUUACUGUACAGAGAUUUUUGAUUACCUUAGUUUGUCUGCCAUAAUUGAUGGAAAGAUUUUCUGUGUUCAUGGUGGCUUGUCACCUUCAAUACAAACGCUUGACCAGAUUCGUACAAUAGACAGAAAACAAGAAGUUCCUCAUGAUGGUCCAAUGUGUGACUUGUUGUGGUCAGAUCCUGAAGAUACUCAAGGUUGGGGUGUGAGUCCGCGAGGUGCAGGAUACUUGUUUGGCUCAGAUGUAGUGGCACAGUUCAAUGCUGCGAAUGACAUUGACAUGAUCUGCAGAGCUCACCAACUUGUAAUGGAAGGUUACAAAUGGCAUUUUAAUGAGACUGUACUAACAGUUUGGUCAGCACCUAACUACUGCUACAGAUGUGGCAAUGUAGCAGCUAUUUUGGAAUUAAACGAACAUCUACAGAGAGAUUUCACAAUCUUUGAAGCAGCACCUCAAGAGAGCAGGGGAAUUCCCUCAAAAACGCCCCAGGCAGAUUAUUUUCUUUGAGGAUCUCAUGGGAGUGCCAGGACAACUGUACAAAGAAACUGUAAAUGCUACAAGAAGUUUGCCACAACUGAUUUUUAUUUUUUGGUAUGUGAGCACUGCAGCUGUAGUGAAAUCAGACUUUCAUGGUUAUGUGUUAAGUUACUGACAAUUUUACAGAUGAGAAUUAUUAUUCCUAUUACUGUUUGCAUUGUUUAUAUUCAUUUCAUGCAACUUCAUAUUUCAUUUUUGUAUGUAUGGAUAUAAUGUGGUGUUGCAAAUGAAAAGACAUGUAACCUGCAAUUCCGUAUAGUCCAUAUUCUUCAUGUAGUAAGUUUGCAAGUGAGUGUGCAUAUGUUGAGUACAGAAUAUAAACUGAAGUUGGACAAAAUAAGAGGUGUUUUGUUUUCAUACAUACAAGACAUGUAUGAAAUAGUGUUGUAUUUUUCAUGUUGUCUUCAUAUAGUGUUCUAGGCUUUCAAGGAAUAAAAUAGUCACAUUUACAUUAUCAUCAAACAUCAUAAAGAACUGAUCAACUUUGUUACAUUUAUGAAAAUCGUGUGUGUGUGUGUCGUCAGGUCCUUCAGUCUGAUAUAUAUGUAUUUGAUUUAAAUACUGGAUUAAGAAUAGUUUUAUGUGGUAACAAUUACAAAUUUCCUCUUCCCCAAGCUAUAUUCGUUACAUGCCAAUAAAUGGUAUUUUUCAGGAAUGCUGUUUCAUUAAAUAUAAUUUUGCUUUGUUUGAAAGAAGUUGUAACCAAUACUGGCUCAGAUAUAUUAUUCAUCUGAAUAUUGAGUGGACACUGUCCAACAUACCACUGUGUUCUGGUGACAUGUCAGAACCUGAAUUUUGCAGACAGUUGAAACGACUGCAUUUCUCAUUUAGUUUGGCUACAAAUUUAUUUUGGGGAAUUCAGUGGCUAGAGGACAAAGAAACAACAGUGCUCUGGCUUCACACUCUCUGUAAGUGGAAGAGUUUGGAUAAUGAAAGAUCUUCCUUACCUAUAUCAUGGGGUGAAUUAAGCAUUAUGAUAAGAUACUUGAGGAAGAACAAGUUGUAUAAAGACUGUAUAACAUUUUUUUAAAUUCAGUCUUAAUAAACAGAUUUGCACUAGCCAAAGCAAACUGAGAGCCAACUCUAGUGUAUGGUUUCAGAAUUUCAGUAUUCUUACCUAACAUUAGUUUGAAACAUUUAUUAGAUAUGCAAGGUUUCAUAGCGACUGAAACAGCACCAAACCAUAAAAAUUACCUUGAAUUUAUUUCACUGAGGAGUUCCUCUUAAUCUCUGCCUACACUCGUGCAGACACCUGAAAUCCAACAACAGAGUAACCUUACAUCUGAAGCCUUCAAUGUUGAACAUCUCACACAUCUAAUAAUAAUCAUUAUGCAGCUGCAACAGUCUUAGCAACUCAAACAUCUGAUUCAUUUUACACGUUCAUAAGUGUAGUGACAUCACUUAACGGAUGUCCACCUGCCAGCAAAAUGGAUAAAAAUGUGGUGUCAAUCAAGGAAGUUUUUCAUUAAAAAGAGAAACGUUGCUAUCUGUAACAUGGCAAGUAAGGCAGGAAUAUCACUCAGAUAAUGCCAUAAUAUUUUUACAUGAGAUUGGAUCAUCCACUAGAUUGCUGCAAAAUCUAUGCCUUCCUGGUGACUGAUGAGCAAAAGCAAGAUCAUGUUGUGUGUGUACACACAAUCAUUCAUGAAAAAAUUCACAGAGACCCACAUUUUGAGCUGGACACUUUCUUUUCCAUGACGAUGCAACUGAAUGGGAGAUGUGGUAACAUCAUGGUUCACAAACAAUCAGGUUGUACUGGUGAAGCUCAAACACAGGAUUUCUGAAAAUGCUUUCUACAGUGCUGCAAUUGCUGGACUCAUUGCAUCAAGUUGCAGAGAAUUACUCUGAAGGGGACAGCAUACAACUAGGGGUACAUCCAGUAAUUGCAAAGAAAGAAAUAUAAUCUAGAAAAUAUUUAAUCAUGCAACAAAGGCUGUGUUUGUCUGCCUGCCCCAUGUAAUGAAUAGAGAACCUAAAUAGAUCUGUGUGAAAUAUAUGUCUAUGUACUGCAAUGCUAGUUAAAACUGGACAACAAUAACACACAUUUACAUGAAGACCUAUAUGAGUUUCUAUGUGCAUCUUGAGCAGAACUCUGUAAAUAUUUCAAAUAAAAGUUAUAGACAGAAAUGAAACACUCAUUUUAUGCCAAAUACACUUUUUCAUUACGUCCUGUUGUUUCUGAGAUAACUAAAUAUGCCACAGUUGUUUCCUAACUUCCUCCUCCUCUUCACUGACAGUUCAGGUCAUCAACAUGUUUUAAAAUAAUCACUGUCGAACUAAAAUGGAGAUAUUUUUAUAUCUAACGUAGAUGACUAUGAAGUUCAAGUUCCACCUAGUAUUUCAUAAACCAGUUAAUUUAUUUAAAUUAAACUUUGUUCAUAUUCAAGAGUUUAUCCAUCACAGGCAGGUGCCCAGAGACUAUAAACAUUCCAGCUCCAAAGAACAGUAGCCUUCAGGGGAUACCCCAGAAAACAAAACUGAUACUUUCUAAAAAAAAAUGAGUAAUGAUUUUGAUUAAAUUUCAGUAGUUUAUGGAAAGUGCGUCCUUAAAUAAAACUGCAUAUGUUGGAAUUGCAGGAAAAUAACAGUAUGCCCCUAGUGGCCAAAAUUCACACAUGAGAAAGUAUGUGUAACACUUUUACAUUGCACUUUUCAGUACCAUUAUCCUGAGUUAAAAUCUAGUCACAAAAUCAAUUUGAAACUCCCUCUUCAUGGACAAUAAAGUCAAUGCCAAGAAAAUUUCAUUCUGCUUAUAAAGGGCAUGUUAAAAUACAAUAAGUAACUAUUAUAUCCACUGUGUUCAUUUAGUAAUAUACAAGGUAACACUGUAGAUCUUAUAUUCUAUUUUGCAUUAUUAAUUCUGCAAUGAUGUAAUUCUGAACUUUCUGGUAAGUAUAUGGGUGGUUUCUUUCCAUUUCAAAUGUCAAAUGGACAAAAUUCAGUGAAGCAACUGUUAUUUUAAGGCAGUGACUUAUGUUAAUUGCAGUAUUAACAAAAAAUCUCUCUUCCUAACCCUACAGAAGAA